AUGCAAUCACGCGGCGUGACGGAUAUCGCGUUCUCUCAGGUCCAAGCCAUUGGUCAGACGAUCCUAGGGGUGCCACGUUCCACACUUGCUCCAUGUCCUUCCUCGACAUACCAACUCAUCCCUUCGCACUGUCUGCCCGUCCUACUCGAGAUCAUCAUCAUAUUCGCCUCCGUUGUUGUCGUGCUGCUGUUCCGCUCGGGCGUGCUAUUCAAGCCCGCGUGCAAAGGCAAGCUCGGCCCGGUGGAGGCGCGCCUGGAGCCGACGUAA